CUAGUAACCAGUCUUUUCAAACAAGCCAAAUUUUACAACAAUUUGGGAGUCACCCUUUUAAAUGCAUUCUUUCAAGUUUCAAUUAACACAGCCGGCCGCUCCAUUUCUUCUACCUCUAUUUAUUCAAGAUUUUUCCUUGAAAACCCAGUUCAUGAACUAAGCAAGCUCUGCAGAAACAUCAAUGGAGAUCAUCGUGAUGAGGAAGACGAGUAGUGCUGAGGUAAUACUUACAGUAAUGUUGUUAUUCUUUCUGGGUCAGGCUAUGGCUGUGGACAUUGGUAAACUGAGAGAUUUAGCGGCGAAAAACAACGUUACGUGCAUAUUAGUUUUUGGAGAUUCAAGUGUUGAUCCUGGAAACAAUGAUUAUAUUCCAACUUCCAUGAAAGCAAACUUCAGUCCUUAUGGGAAGGAUUUCUUCAAUGGCCUUCCCACAGGAAGGUUCUGCAACGGCAGACUUGCAACUGACUUUAUUGCGGAGGCAAUUGGCUACUCCAAAGCAAUUCCAGCUUUUCUGGACCCAAAAUUAAGGCCGCAUGAUAUUUUACACGGUGUUAGUUUUGCAUCAGCUGCUUCUGGUUAUGAUGAUCUUACUGCUAAUUUAUCUAAUGUGUUGUCAUUUUCGAAACAACUGAAACAUUUUAUGUCCUACAAAAUCCAUCUGAAGAAACUGGUUGGUGAGGAUGAAGCAGAAAAGAUCAUAAGAAAUGCUAUCUUCGUAAUCAGUAUGGGAACAAAUGAUUUUCUCCAGAAUUAUUACUUGGAACUCGUUCGAUCUCAGCAGUACACCCCCAAGCAAUACCAAAAUUAUUUGGCCUCCCUUCUUUUCCGAGAUGCUAAGGUGUUGCAUAGACGUGGAGCGAGAAGACUGAUAGUUGUAGGGGUGCCUCCUUUAGGGUGCAUGCCCUUGGUGAAGACACUAAUGAACUCAGAAACUUGUGUAGAAACAUAUAACAAGGUGUCCUCCUCAUUCAACUCCAAGAUUAAGCAGAAACUGACUAAUCUCCAGGCAACUACAGGAAUGAAAACUGCUUAUGUUGAUGCUUUUGAAAUUGUUGAAGAUGCCAUUGCCAACCCUCACAAAUAUGGUUUCAGUGAAACUUCAAAGGGAUGCUGUGGAAGUGGGACAACCGAGUAUGGUGAUACGUGCAAAGGGAUGGAUACAUGUGGGGAUGAGUCAAAGUAUGUAUUCUGGGAUGCAGUUCAUCCAACUCAAAAAAUGUAUCAGAUUAUUGCCAACCGGGCUCUGGAAUCUCCCAGCCUCCAAGAUUUUCUAUCUUAGUUCUAUACAUAUACAUAUACAUAUAUAUAUAUAUAUAUCAUUAUUUGUCUAAUUAUAUGUCAUUUACUUGGACACAUUAUUGCUUAAUUUAUACAUUCAACGUACA